GAAAGCUAAACAUUGCUAUCAAAUAUAUUUUCUAUAACUAUAUUCUUUAAAGGUUAAAUAUAAUUUAAUUUAGUCAUUUUCUCAUAUCCGAGGCAAGAUGCACACAAAUAUCGUCGUCCCCUCAAGCCGCUCUUCCUCAAAAAUCAUUCGAAACUUCAUAGUCUCUAUUAUAUGUAUCGCCAUCAUUUAUUCAUGCGGUGUAAUCUCUACUAUUCGAACCUCUCAAAAAACUAACAAUUUUUUUCUUUAUCUAUCCUUUUUCGGCUACGCUGUGUUUUGCGGCAUGUGGAUCUACACAAACUUGUUCUUGAGGAAGAGAAACCAUCGAUGGAGUCAUACAAACAAAAGAUUCAUUUACUCUGCAACCAUUUGCUCUGUUUUCUCAAGUGUUCUAUGGAUCAUUGGCAUGUGGCCCGAAUACCAUUGGUUGACAUUACCACUAUUCUUGGUCAUUGUGAUCAUGGUAGUUCAUAUAGUAGGAAUAUCUCAUGGGAUGAGUAAAAAGGUUUCUUAGUGUAUUUAAAAGCGCUAAGAAAUCAAGGUGAUAAAAAUGGAAGCGACAUGUUUUAAAAAAAAAAUUAUAAAUGUAUACAUUUGUGGGGGGGUAUAUAAUCCUAUCUAUAUGUUGAUGACUUGCGGAAGAUGGGAAAUGAGAACUUAAUCUUCGAUAGAUUGUAUGUUUUUUCUUCCAUUCUACGGAA